GAAGAGGGCUUACUAUUGGCUAUGGGACCAAGCUCGUGAAGGAAUUGUUAAUGCCUUGGAAAAUGUCAAAGUAGCAGGAGGCGCCAAGGGACUUAAAUGUAAAUCCUACACACUGAAGAAAAUGACGAAAGUUCCUCAGGGGUUUGAUUUCAGCUUCUUAAAUGAUGAAGAAGCCAGGCAGAUCCUGCAGGUCCUGGAGAGAAACGAGCAGCUGCAGAGAGCAGAGAGGGACAGAAUCAGCAAACUCCAGAAGACAAAGAGAGAUAUUAGAUGGCUCCAAGGAGUGACUGGUGAAUGGUUUGAAGAAAUCCAGAGAAAAAAGUUUCGCAAUGACACCGAUGUCAACCAGAUGUUAAAACAACCACUCACAUACAGGCUAAGGAAGAUGAGAAAUGAUUCUAUGCAUUUACCCAUGUCAAGAUCCCCAAAUCUUCCAAGUCGAAAUAAUCCUUCAUCUACUCCUCGACGCCUGGGCUUCAGGUCAUCUCUAGCUUCAUUAUUCUCUUUUGGAAAAUCAGGAAAAGAGAUUUCAAAGCCUCAGCCACAAUCACAACAAGGAUACGAUGGCUUUUACAGGACAUCUGUUGCUGUGAAGGGAACCCCUGGGGCAGGAAUAUACAACUCACCAUUGAACAGUGAAUCGUCAAAUACAGCAUUUUCCCCAAAGCCUGCAGGAAUGAGGGAAGGAAGUGGCAUUCCUCCAUGGGAUGCUUCCCAGCUAGAGAAUGAAUUCUUUCGUGUUUUAGAUGACUUGGACAACAAACUGGCUCAGGAACAAGCCCUAAGUCCAAAGAAUACACGAAGACCAAUCCACUUUGGACUCAGAACACAGAUCAGUCCUUUUCACAACACUGCGAGCAGAAAUGGCAAUCUCUUGGAGGGACAUAGGAAUAAGUAUGGUGAAACUUCAAAUCCAUCCAUCUAUGAUAUCCUAAGACCAUCGACCCCUAGAGAAGGUUUUAAAACUUUCUCCUAUAGAACUAAAACAAUUUAUGAUAUGUAUGGCUCAAGAGAACAAACGAUCUCCCAAGAGGAAUAUGUGCACAGGACCUUCAGCAGUUCAUCUCUGUGUUCUGACAGGACACAGCAAUCAGCCUCUCCUACUUUUGGCCAUUUCACAGCAAAUAGCCUACAUCUGCCAUCCCAUACUCAGAGGAAGAGUGUUUUUGUACCAAGGAGCCAUCAACAGAGUCCAAGGAGAACUCCUUUGUCAUCUAUUGUAUGGAACAGGCCAUAUCCUCCUGGAGAUAGUCAGUACCAGGAAGAGUUUCUGGGGGCACAGUCCCCAAUGGAAGUUGACCCUGUCAAUCAGGAUAUAUACCCCACUUGGCCUCAAGACAAUAGAAGAUACGAAUUUUACCGUUCCAGUAAUAUGUACCAAAGUGUUAGGCCACAUGCUACCAGGGACGGAGCAACCAGUCCUGAUUCCUUUGAGAAUUCUGAGAAUAUGCCAUUCCACCAACAUGAAAACAAAUUCUCACGGCCAUACUGUUGGAACACCAUUGGCCCUAGGAGAUUGCAAAAAUUUGGAGGAAGUCCUUUUCAGAGAAAAAGAGAAGAAACUCCAUCUUUGUCCAACUUUUACCACAGAAACAAAGAAUUCAUUUCUUCUGACGGAGACUUUGAAAUGAUUUCAACUGAUGUAAAUGAGAGGUCAGCUGUCCAUAGUAAUAAGACUCCUAUACCAUCUCAACCCUGGAGAGCAAAUUUUUCCAGAAACCAAGAAGAAUCAAUUCACAGGGAGUCUAAUUUUCAGACAUGUGUAUUGGAGGACAUGGAAGUCCAGUCACAAGAUGUUACCCAAGUACCCUUAAAGGAAAGCUGUGAACAUUUGCACAUACCUUCCAUGGAUACAACAGGAAGCAAAUUCCAGAUUUCCCCGGAUAUUUAUUCUAGAAGUCAAGUCAGACCCAGUAUGCUAGUAAAUCAACAGAAGCAGCCUCCAUUGGAAGAAAAUGCAAAUGCAGAGACCAACUUGCCUGAAACUACUCAGAAUUUGUCAUCCUCAGCUCAGACUCCUCUGCCCUUAAUUGCACAUAGAAUAGAAACCCCUCAAAGAUCUGACUUCCCAAAAGCUACCACUACAUUGUGGGAUACCAAAGGGGAUACUCCUGAUGAAUCUGCCUCCCUUCCUUUAAGCCAAACAGAACUUAUUGAAACCAAUGGUGACUCUGUCACUGUUGCUAGAAGGCAACCAAACACUUGGAUUGCUGAGUUGAAUCCUGAGAAAGACCUGACAGAAUCUGUGUCAGAAAAAGCGAGGCAACUAAACAAGGUAGAUGAGACAGGCCUGGCAGAUAAAACAUCAUCAGUUGUUUCUCAAUCAGCAAUUACUGAGAUUACACCUGAUUAUCAGCAUUCCCUUUCUAGGGACUCGGCCUCCUUUUCCAACAACAGAUCUGUUUUUAAUAUAGGUUCAAAAAAACCAACUGGAAUCUUUGGCAGAAGGGAUAUUUCCAAGAUUUACAUAUCAAACAGAGAUAAAGCAAAUGCACUUAAAAGAGAAAAGGAUUCUACCACGGAAAGAAAACUAGAUUCAGAAACUUCAUUUCCUUUCUCUCAGGAAAACAAAACAUCAUUGUCUUUUCCCAAACAAAAUCAAGGUUGUCAGCAAGAAUCAGGGAUAAAUAAUGUUUGCAUUACCAGCACUGAAAAGGAAGACUGGAAACUAGGAACUGCCAGUGAUCAAAACCCACAGUAUCCAGGAGAGUCAUUUCUUUCAGAUGCUGAGGAUGUACAAGGUAUUAGAUUGAAAAAUGCUUUGGUUCCUCCUACCAACUGCACCACAUUUGCUGAAAAUCAUCAUGUCCUAUCAGACCAUUCCCUAGAACCAUUGCCAGAUGAUGGUCAAGGUCUUCCAUCAUCAUUUUCUCCCAAAAGUCCUUCCUUAGCUUCUUUAGUAACUCCCUCUGCUACUUCAUUAAAUUUCACAUCUAAUGUAUUAGCAGAAGAGGAUAUGUUCUCAAAGAUGAGUCUUCUGGGAAAAGACCCAUCUCAAAAGAAAAGUGAUGAAAAGACCUAUUCUGGUAACAAGGACCAAAAUAAUCAAUUACCACUCAGCUCCUCAGAAAACCAAGCUAUUGGGGAUGUUAAGGAAGUAAAGGAUGUUCCUAAAUGCCAUCCAGACCAUCUUUUCAGUCUUGGGAGAGGAAAAGGGAAAAUAAGGCACCGUAUAUCAUGUAUUGAGAAAUUAAGCAAAUCAGGCAAUUUCUUGAGAGAGGAGAGUAAUGACAAUAGUGACAUAGUCCCUGAUCACUAUAAUUCCCAGUCUCUUGAGCCCCUUGACAUUUAUUGUACCUUCCCAAGAAAAUCAGCCAGUUUUCUAAUCAAUGACAACAUAAGGCCAGACAACAUGAUGUCCACCCCAUUUAGGAAGGGCCCCCCUCCAUUCCAAAUAAAGAAGAACAUGGAAGAUCCACUAGAGAAAUGCUUCUCAAACAAAAACAAUUCCAAUUCUUCUGAGUCAGAUAGGCAAUGCCCUGAAAUACAUUUGGACUCUUCCCCUUUAAGGCCCGUACCUGUAGAGAUGAUGACAAAUCUUAGAAAAAUAGUGCCUUCUGCUAUUAGAAAAGGGCCCCCUCCAUUUGAAAUCAAAAGGACCAUGGCCAGGCCUCUCGUGACAUGUUCCUCAGGUGGUGUGGACAGAAGAGAUAAAUGUUAUGGCCUAGACACAGAACCUUCUAUUCUAACACAAAGGCCUGAGGAGCUGAUAUCUACCACUCAGGCAAAGAGCCCGUCCAUUAAAGUCUAUCCUUUACAACUAGCCAGAGAUCAUCCUCAAACAGAAAGUUUUCAAGUCAACUCUGAAAAUCAGAACAAAAUGGCUUCUUCUCAGACAGAUAAUUUUGCAAAUACAUUUUCCCUCCCUGAUGAAAAACAUUUAUCUUUUCCCCUAGAUGUGUCAGAAAAGCAAAGUGGGCAACACCUGCAGAAAUAUAAGACAACAAGCACAGUCACUGUUUCUGGGGAUGAAGACAAUGUCAAAUGUCUCGAGGUGGUUUCAAUCUAUUACACUUUACCAAGGAAAUCCAACAAAAAAUUAUGUGACCUCCUUAAAAGUGACACACAAAGUAUACAUUUCUCCCCAGAAUCAGCUUCAGUAGGGGAUGCAACAUUCCCUGUUUCUCUGGUAAAGAAGCGAUUCAAUUCUUCCACACAAUCAUUACCAGGAACACCUGUAUCUCCAUGUGCAAAGGCAUCUGUUAGCAGGGUUCAAUGGAGAAAGCAUUCCUUCUCACAUGACAUUGAAACAGCAUCUCUUUUACAGUCACCACAUAGUCCAUAUACUGAAGCAGAGACAUUACAGGGAAUGGCCUUUGGGUUUUCUCCUAUGGUUAGAAGUAUUCCUCUUUGCAAAGAAGAACUCAAUGCAAUAAAUGAUUGUUCAGCUAAAACAAUCUCAGAUGAUAUACAAAGAAAAAGUAUGGAUGCCUUUUCUUUCAUUCCUGGCCAUCAAGAGGGGCAAGAAAAAAGGCAGAAUCACACCAGGCAUACAUCUGUCUCACCAACGAGUCUUCAUGGUAAACUUGUUAGAGAAGGAAAUCUUGAAAAUCCUGACCAGUUCAUUAAAGUAUGUGAAAGAGACAGUCUUUCUGACAUGCAGACCCAUUUGGGAGAUAAUGUUAAUGGCAGUCCUCGCAUAGGAGAAUUCUUAGGGAAAUGUGAGCCUCACUACAUAGAUGCUAUGUCUAUUGGAAGCAGAAAUUAUUCUCCUGAAGAAGUUAAUGGCAAAAUAAACUCAGUACCUGGAGCUACAUCUUUCUAUGAUGAUCCAAGAGACUUACAGCCAGAAGCUGCUAAUGGGAAACUUAAAACAGAUGACCAGAAAAUAAUUGAAAAAACUUAUUCUGCUUUGCAAAGCAAAGACUUUUCCCUCCCUUCCAACUCACUCAAACUUCAUACUGGGGAAACGAACCAUAAUGGUCAACCUGACUUAGAAAAGUCACUGAAGGAACCAAAAGAAGUAUCUCAGGGAAGUGAUGCAGAUAAGCAUUUAAUUAGGUUGGAUAAAGUAGGAGAUGCCCAGAACACAAAGGCUAAAGAGAAAAUGCAGGGGCUGGCAUGUGAUCAGUAUCCACCUCCCAAGGUAAUAAACGAAAUUAAGAGUGAUUUGGGUUGCACCAAAGAAAAAAUCAAUCUAGAGAAAAGGAAAAACAGAACUUCUGUUAAACAAAAACUGGCAGCUUUGUCCAAAGUCGGCAGAAAAUUCUCAACAAAAGAUAUCAGCCCCAGAAAGCACAUUGCUACUAUUUUCCCACAAGAGGAAGUCAAUUCCAAUACCAGUGGCUUACCUCUUAACACACCACAGAUGUCUCCACUUUCAGCUAAACCCACCUUUGGGAUCCCAGAAUCCAUACAUGAAUAUAAGAAAUCAGGUCCUGGUGGAACUGAGAGCUUUGUAUUCCAAACAGCUGAAGUGAGUAAGACUAAGACCCCUCUUCAGCCUCAUUUAGAUUCUAUCAAGAAACCUGUCACUUAUGUAAGUGAGCAAAAAAUAAUGGCCAGCAGUUCCAAACCAAAUAAAAAUAGGGUUGAGAAUGUAACAGAAUCACCACUGAGCAACAUAAACCCAGCAGAUGAAAUACCAGCAGAAAAAAGCAAAUGCCCUCAAACUUUGGAAACAGGAUAUGAAACUGUAGCCCAACCCAUGCUUUCCAGUGUGGGGACAGAGGAUUUCUCUGAUGAUCUAAAGAAGCUGAGCCUUCAGUUCCCAUCUGAGGCUAUAUGUAAGACUUCUGAAGAAAGAAUCCUGCCACCCAGUGCUCUGUCACAGCAAAAAAUCUCACCCCAAGAAUGGGAGCCUGACUCAAAUCUCUAUCGUUCCAAGAGUUUAAAAAACAUAAAUGUACUUGGUAAUCAGCAGCAAAUAAGUCAACCUUAUAAAAUCCGUGAGCGACACCUUUCUGCACGUACUUUUUCUGACAAUGCCCAGGACAAAUGGAAACUUGGCAAUGAACUUCCUGUUCAAAGUGGGUAUGGAAGAAGGUUCCGAUCUUUUUCUGAACUUUCUGCCUGUGAUGAAAAUAACACCUGGGAUCUCGGCAGGGACAGGACCAGGGCCACUGGUCCCAAGUCUACAAGCUCCAUCUCCAGACCAAUUGACUAUGGAAUUUUUGGGAAGGAACAGCAGCUGGCUUUCUUGGAGAAUGUAAAGAGGUCACUCACGGAAGGGAGGUUGUGGAGGCCAAAUUUCCUUAAGAACCCUGGCUUCCUAACAGAUGAUGCGAGUCAUCCUGCAAAUAGAUCUGAGUCACUAACCUCCAGUUCUCCUGAUAACAAAAUUCCAAAAGAUGGUUUGUCUCCCAGGGAGCUGCUUAACACCUAUAAGGAUAAACCUGUGGUGCAUUCAGAAUCUGACACUGAUACCACUACAGAUGAUGAGUACUACCUAGAUGAAGCUGACAAGGAAUCAGAACUCUGAGGACUCUUUUCAAUAAAGAGAAUAACCUUAAAAAAAAUUAACUAUUGUUCCUGGGAAUCCAGGGUAAGUAUCUUUGUAAAUAGCAUCAUGACCAUGAGAAUAUCUGGGACAAAAGAUCUAGUCUGGGCAGUCCUCAUUCUGAAGGAGACCUGAUUCCCUGUUUUUUCUUCACACCCACUACUCCCAGGACUCAGCAUAAACAAUCGUGGUUUGGUUUUGUUGUUGUUUGUUUGUUUGGAUUUUUUGCCUCUUAAAGAUAAGAUAAAUGUUUCUUCUCACAUUUCUUCUGGAGGUUUCACACUUUCCUGCUUGUCCCCAAUAGGACUGCCAUGGAGUGGAGUAUAUCCUUAGCUUUCUCCAUCUCCCCUACUUUUUCAUCUCCAAUUCACCUUCCAGUCUUGAACUCUUUUUCCUUUUCCUACACUCUUUCUUCCCCAAAAGAUUAACUUUGCUAAUCAUCCAGCACAGGUCAUGUUCUACUCUCUUCAUAAUGCUACUUAAAGUGAUAGAGAUUAUGAUAACAAUGAUGAUAAGCUAUUUUUCCCUCAUAUAAGAAGAUGAACAACAUUUCAUCAUCAUUUGAGCAGGAACCAAUCCAGAAUCGGGUUAAGGAAGUGGUCGAUAGACUUCAUUGGCUAGAUCUAUCAAAAUAUCUCAAUCACAGUAUUCUUUACCUUGACCACCUUUCCCUUAGUAGUAUUAGCUUUCAUAGUUAUUUGGAGCUAUGUACCUUUCCCUAGCUUAAGCCGAUAAUUAGAAAGAAACCAACAUGUCAGGACUUCAAGGUCCUAGAGUAAAAUAGUUUGGCAGCAUCUAUAGAUAUAGAUAUAUGAGUCCAGGAGUUUUACUUAAAAUGGGCAGCAUUUUAGAAAUGUGGCUGAUGCUCUCUCUCUCAGUACUUACGGACUGAAGCUGUUCCCUUUGGAAAGUCUUAGACUUCACAAAUAUAGAAAAUUGGAAAUAAUCCUAGGAAAUUUUUUUUUAAAUCCUUUCAUCCUGUUUCACAACUGCCUUUUAUAGUCUUCUUUGUUAGUAUUGGUUUAUAUUCUGUAUGCAUUUCUCUCCUUGUUUUCUCUCCUUUGCUUUUAUUCUUAUAUCAUCAAGGUAAUGAUACUUGUUAGUAAAAUACUUAAAGAGUCUAGGAAGAUAGGAUUAUGAGAAGGAAGUAUGUUGCUAUCGUUAUCAAUGUCUACAUCAAUGCCAUUUUGCCUAGAAGUACAGUGCAGGUUAUUUUCCCUACUCUAUUCCCAUGAAUCUCAAAUGGAUGAUAAUAGAGUAACCACCACAAAUUCUGUUUUUAACUUUUAUUCAUUUCAUAAGUCUGAGAUCUGGUGUCCCACUGAAGACUUAAGAACAUGACUAAACUAUGCUGUUUUAAGUCCAUUGAGCAGAGUACCAAGAUUUUGAAUUCAAAUGUUACUAGCAUUUGAAGUUGGACAUGAAAUAUUUGUAAAAAUGCAUAUAUUCUUUCAAGUUGCCCUUUUUCUGUCCUCCUCCCCAUUUUCUUGCUACAAAUCUGUAUAGAACAUUAAGAACAGUUUCUUAUAAUUUCAAAAGAGGCCUAAUACUCUAAAGUUGAAAAACGUGAGUUUUCUAUGAUGCCUUGAAAAUUCUAUGUCACUAAAUGAGGCUGUGUCUGCCUUACCACAUGAAAUGGAGUUAGGGAUUUUGAAGCCUAGAGUUCAGGCAAAGUAGUAGAUUUGGGGAUUAACAGCUACUCACUCUUGUGCCAAAUUUUCUCAAUUGGCCAUCUAUGAUUUAAAUCUUGCCACAACUGCUAACUUUCAACUUUACUAUUUGCUGUGUUGUCAGAAAAACAAAUUUCUAGAAGGCACUAUUUUCCUUCUUUCUUUGUAUUUUAUAAUUAAAGUACUUCGUUAAAGAAGUGUAGUCAUUUUAUAUGUAUUUUAACAUACAAACUGCUGCUCUUUUAAAAUAUGAUCCUUUUUGGGUAUAUAUAAUUUAUAUUAGUCCUUUUCACAUUCCAAACGUGUUUUCUAAGAGAUAUUCCAUAACAAAAUAAUACCUGUGUACAGCUGAACCAAUCAAAAGGAAAUGAACACUAAUAUGUACACUUGUAAAAUAAUUAUUUUAUAUAUCGAUAAUGGACUCUUGGAGUCAUGAGUCAUAGAGUAUGUGACCGAUUUAAUACAGGCCUCAUUUGAUUGCAUUUUAGGGAAACUAUUUUAAAUGGGCCAUUCAGUAUUAUAAGGCUAUUGGUGGUUAAUAAACCCUUAACUCUAAUAAGUUUUCUAAUAUGAUAAGCAAAUAGAAUAGUCAAUAGAAAUUCAGCAUAUACCUGCACUGAAGCUAGUAGUGGGAGGAAGUCAAACUUAUAAAGAAAGGUACUUGGAAGUAAAAUUCUCAAAUGAAAUAAAUUAUUUUUGUCAUGCCAUAGGAUUAGAUGAAAUCUUAUUAAGAAUAGUAACAUUAUUGCUUCAGGAUGGUAAUUCCAUUUGAAUGUAUAGCCAACACAUGUAUACAGUGUACAGCCAAUUAGUGCAAAUAAUGAAUCCCUUGAAGUGUUUACUUUAUUAAAAUUUGCACUGCAUUUUCCCAUUAGGCUGGAAUCAGUUACCAUAUUUUACACAAUUAUAACUUUGAAUAAUGCAAAUUUGAAUACAUGAGACCACUGCAGGAAAUUCAUAAUUUCCACUAAUUAUGACCUAAGCUAUACCAAACAUAUCCAUAUGUUUGAAUAUGUGUGUGUGUAUAUAUAUGUUUUGUUUUCUCAGCAGCUUUGCAAGUUUACAUUGUCACUGAGGUGGCUCAGAAUCACUGGCAAUUGUAUAACUUCUGAAACAAAUAAGCCUUAAUGCACUUUUUCUACAACUUUUUCAAGUGGUCAUUUAUAUGCAAUUGUUUCUAAGCCUUUUCUCUGAAUGUGGCAAUGCUACAAAGAAUAAUGUAAUAUUAAAGAAAUUCCUGUUUUCAAAUAAAUGGUCUAAACAGAUUA